GGGUUAGAGGGUUGACAAAAACAAAAACAAACAAACAAAAUGAAAAAAAUAUUCAAAACCCUAUGAAAUGAACGUGCCGCGAAAUUCACCACCGGCGAUGAACAUUCCUCACCGGAAUCUUCUAUGAAACUAAAACCAUUCUAUCUCCGUUCAUUUUUCUUCUCCCCAAAACUGAUUCAAACUCCAUUCACAUUUUCCAAUUCAUCAUACAAAUGUUUCUCAACCAAUCACACAAGGAAACCACCACACUGCUUCGACGACGCCGUACCCGGAACCAGCGCCGUCUACAAUCACGCUCUCAAAUUCCAGCGUCCUCCUACUAUCAAAUGGAAACCGCACCUAGAAAACACCACCACCUUCAUCGGUUCCGUCACGCGUGAACUCAAGCGCGUCAACUCAAACACAUUUGGAUUUCACACUACGAUUCGUGUUCGAAGUUCUAACAAACCUAAUAGCUCUUCUUUUUGGGUGCUGCUUAUGAUGUGGAACGAUGUUGCUGAAUUUGCUUAUCAACAUGUGAAACCAAAUCAUUUUAUUUGUGUAUCAGGUUGUUUGGCGACUUACGAUGGAGAGAGGGGAUUGUGUUAUAAGCUAAUUGUGAAUGAGUUAGAGUUUGUUACUCAAAGUCCGGGCUAUGGAGAGCAUGAGAAAGAAAUUAAAUUUGGAGCGGGUAACCAGUUAUCUGAUGGGAAUCAGCUUCACCUUUGGCAAGUGUUUUUCGCCAGUCCAAAUGAAUGGUGGGAUCGAAGAAAGAACAAGUUAAAUCCAAAUUCGCCUGACUUUAAACACAAGGAUACAGGGGAAGCUCUCUGGCUGAGUAAACAUAAUCCACCAUGGGUUACAAGACAACUUGAAUUACUUGACUUAAAAUUUUCAGGAGGAUUUGCAGGUCGUCGACCACGUCUCACAUCUUGGGUUUACGAUGAAUAGCUGAAAUUAAUUAAAGAAGACAACUGUGGCAAUUAACCUCUAAACUUAUGUGUCAUAGCUAUUUGUAUUCACCAUUUGGAGCGAAAUUUACAGCAUAGUGAAAUUGAAAUCACUAUGAUUAUGAUAUUCUCUAGGCCACACACAUAUCAGUCCUAUUGAGUUUCUUCUUAGCUCAUAAUCAGUUUAUUUAUCGUGAAAAUGAAAGAAAGAAAACCUUGAUAGUUAGUAUAUUUAGCUAUUUUUACGGCAGCCCGUUGUAUCAUAUUUGUCUGGAGUGACAUGUUUUGUAAAGGUACAUUGAGUAGAACAGUAAUGGAGUACCUCUAGAGCCAGAACAUGUCUUAAGGUGCAUAGCGUGAUGACAGGUUUAUUUGCAAAUUAACCACCAAUGAAAAGUGUUUCGCCUCAAUUUUUGGAUGCUGAACAUGGUAUGACAUAAAAGCGUUUGGAAAAUGCUCAUUUCAUCCUUAUGUCUUGGGAAAUGCUCAUUCCAUCCUUAUGCCUUCUUCUGCGUUACCAUGAAAAGAUUAAAAUGUCACCAGCACUCGGAGAUGCAUCUCUGGACACAUUUUUUACACACACAACUAAAAUAAAAAUGGUGAGAAACCCUUAUUUGGUAAAAGAUUGAAAGUGUAUCUUCUUAUGUACGAAAGGUUGAUUCGGAGAUGCAUCUCCGAAAAGCCCCUUAAUUUGCUAGUCAGUGAGCUUUAUGGAGAUGCAUCUCCGAAUAAUGUUCUAUUAGAUUAAAACAAAAACAGACUUAAACAACAAGUUCGGAACAUUGCAACAUUCUUAUAAUAUUGUCGGCUGAUCUUUGAAUCGUUGCAUCCAUUUUAAUCCGACCCUUUGUUGAAUAAUAGUAAAAGGUAUUCUACAUCACCUUCAAAUCAUGUCUUCAGAACUGUAUUUUUCUUUCGUUGUUUAUCGAGGGAGAAUAACACUCGAUCUUGACAACUCUCCGAACUUUUCGGGAUAUUGCAGAAGAGUAUUUAGUUUGAUUUUCAUAUAGACAAGAUGUAUGUCCUUGCAUAUUCGAAAUUGAAGUGGAGUGUUGUGUCAUUAAAAUACACAAAAGCAAGAUGAGGAUAUGUAGACAUUCUAGUUUGUGUAAAGAAAAUAGAAUAGAGAUCUUAUUUAUAGAAUUUGUAGAGCAAUAAGGAUUUCAUAUACAUGAUCAAGUCUCUAUGAAUGUUAGACGGUAGGCUACGAUCUAGAGGGAGGGGG